AUGUCUGAGGGUCCAGCACCGAAGCUUAGCCCAAAGAAGCGUCAGAAGGUGUCACAGGGGCUGACUCUGCAGGUGCAUCGAUAUGCCGAUGCAGCCGCGCAUGUGAAUGGCAACUUCGAUCCGGCAGAGUCUUGCUACAUGCUGGCCUUGACUGACUCCGGGCGGCCAUCGCCAUUGUUUCAGCUUGGGUCGAAAUAUCUACCAGAGUUUGUGAAGGGCCAUAAGCUGGAAGGCUUCUCGAAGACGCUGGAUGAAUUGGAACAGGAAGAUCAGGUACAUUGCCGGGCUGAAACUAGCAGCCCAUGGCGCUUUGGAAUCUAUACAGUGGCAUCCAAUGUGUCCUCGGCCAUGUACUUCAUGUCGGAGUUCUUGAGUUGGCGCUAUCAGCAACCGGAUCUUCCUACAGCAGUUCCGACCUUGGAGGUCUUGAAGUAUUGCGAUGUGAAUCUGCAGGAUUGGAUGGGGGCAUGCGGGCUGAAGGUGGAGGUGACGCAAUUGGAACCUGAUGUGCGGAAAGCCUUGGAGUGUGUGGGGCCGAGCUAUGCAGGGCACUUGAAAGUGUGCGCGCAAUUCGUGUCCUCGCGGGAAGUGGUUAUCACCCUGCAUGGGAGCAGCUAUUACCUCAAAGAUGAAUUCUCUCGGUGGCAAGGAUUCUAUGUGACGCGUUCUGGCGUGGAGGUGGCACAGAAGGAGAGUGGUGCACUGUAUGCCCGCAGAUCCCCGCGAUUGUUGGUGGAGCGUGGAUUAGAUGUGGUGUUGAAGCCAUUGAAGGGGAUCUUUGUGAAAGAAGUUGAAGUGACACUGGCGGCAAACGUCGCAGUCCCAGGCACGACAACGUCUGAGUUGAAGGGUAUGUUGGUGUGA